UUAUAAUUAUUUUCAAUUACACCCGAUGGAUUUCGUGUGUGAAAGUCAUCGAAUUCGUUUGUGCUAAAUUACGUCAUUUUUUGUCUCAUACUAUCGGAGGAUGACGCUGAAGGAUUAAAGCAAAAAAUAUUUAAAAAUAAAAAUCACCUUUUCGUGUGUGCUCCAAUUAUCUAAGAUUAAUUAUUCAAAGUAAAAGUUCAUUUUUUUUCUGUGAUGUGAAAAUUUUUCCAUGAUUAAUUCAGUUUGGAUGAAGUGAAAAUUAUAGACUAUAAGUGGUUAUUUAAAAUGAAUUACUGACGUUAAAUAAUAAAAGGAAAUUAAAUAAAAUAAAAAAAAGAAAGAACUAUUCUGAAAGAUAAUACAGUAAGAAGAAUAUAAACUUCUGAUUGAUUAUCAAGUAAUGGCAUCAACAAAUUUCGUCUCACAGUACAAUCAUUGGAAUAAUUCAACGACCCAGUUGACACCACUAAAUAUUUUGCCUUAUCAGUAUCCAAAAGUACCAUCUGUAGGAUCCCUAGGCCAUUCGACAAUAGGAAGCGCUGGUCUUUCACCAACGCAAUCAAUAUCUAGCACGUCAAGUCAAUCAAACAUAUCUUCUUCAAGUCCCGAUGUGAUUUUCACACCUGAAGCGUCUGCUACAUCACAUUUACCGAUAAAUAACUGCAGCAAUAACGCACCAUCAACUGGAACUAAUAGCAAUAAUUAUAGUUUCCAUCAGCAUCAUCACCUGGAUAUUGCUUCAAGACCAUCAUCAAUGUCGCAUGCUUAUACAUCAUAUCAUCAUCAAUAUCAUCCAGCCAAUAACUUUUACUCGAAUUCAUGGUUUCAAGAUCCAGCGUCACCUACCACCACGGGUGCUAACCCGCCACUUUACCAUUCACAAACUUGGCCCCCCUUGAACGAUGCUUACGCCUUUAAACUUGAAGAAUAUACUCAAACACAAGCUCAACGACGGUGUGCGCGUUGUACGUGCCCAAAUUGCAUAAAUGAACUGUCUGGAUUACCACCCGUUGUAGGGCCCGACGAGAAAGGCAAACGACAGCACUUAUGCCACAUUCCUGGUUGCGAGAAAGUUUACGGAAAAACGAGUCAUUUGAAAGCUCAUCUUCGUUGGCAUACAGGCGAACGUCCAUUUUUAUGUAAGUGGUUAUUCUGUGGUAAGAGAUUUACCAGAUCUGACGAGCUUCAACGUCAUUUCCGCACCCAUACUGGUGAAAAACGGUUCACAUGUGUCACAUGUAGUAAGAAAUUUAUGCGUUCGGAUCAUCUAGCAAAGCACACAAAGACUCAUGAGAACAAAGUUAAAAAGUUGAUCGCCAAAAAAGGUGACAAAAGCGAGAAACAAACGAAGAGUUUUAUUUCAAACAUGCCUGCCAUUAAACAAGAAAAAGAUGAUGAUGACGUUAAACCGCCGGUGUUUUCUCUUGACAUACCAACUCCUAGUACCAAUCACACUGAUCCAAAACUGCGCAAUAGCAGUUUGAGUCAAGGCUUUAGUGAAGACAUUCAAUCGAUACAACAUAAGUCACCAAUUGAAGAAUAUUAUCAGUCCUAUCAUCAUCCUUAUCAACAUCAUCAAUCAAAUAUGUAUGCAUCCAAUUAUUUCCAUCAAAACCCAAGGAUGUAUCAAGACAAGAAUUACUAUUAUGGUCAUAUGGUUGAUCAGAAUCGUGGAGUGUUCCCAUCAGCACCAACCGUUCCACGUCAACAUUCUGGAUCACUGCAAUCUAUUGAUAAUCUUCAAUCAACUGCUCAAAAUCAAGCGAAUAGUUUCUAUCAGCAACCAGCUAACUUUGCGAUUCCCAGCAGUUCAACAACGAAUGACCAAAGUUAUCUUCUAAAUUUCAAUAACACGAUCAACAUCAAUACCUCCAAUUUGUUGAUUAACAUCAACAAUACGACAGCUACUUCGAACAAUAAUAACAUUAACAAUACCAACAGCAAUAACUUCCAUCAUUCACAUAUUAACUAAAUCAGCGAUGAAUUUUCUGAUUUUUAUUUUUAUU